UUCAGUGGUUUUUAGUAAAUUCACAGAGUUGUGUAACAUCAUCCCAUCAACAUUAGAACAUUUCCUUUCCAUCAUCUCCAAAGAAACCCUGUACCCAUUAAGCAGCCAUUCCCUGUGCCGACGCCCACCUCCCCAGCCCCCAGCAACCACGAAUCUACUUUCUGUCUGUAUGGAUUUGCCUAUUCUGGGUGUUUCCUAUACAUGGAAUCAUACAAUAGAUGGCCUUUUGUGUCUGGCUUCUUUCACUUAGCAUGACGUCUUCAAGAUUCAUGCCUACUGUAGCAUGAAUCAGGACUUCAUUCCUUUUUAUGGCCAAAUAAUAUGCCAUUGCACGGAUAGACCACAUUUCUUCUAUCCAUUCAUCCAAUGAUGGAUAUUUAUGUUUUUUCUAUUUUUUAGCUCUUGUGAAUCAUGCUGCUGAGAACAUUUGCAUGCAAGUUUUUGUGUGGACAUUUCUCUUAAGUUCUUUUGGGUUUUGCAUUAAUUUUGAAUUUUUAAUAGAGUAUAUAAAAAUAUUUUUUCAUCUUGAUUUCAUCUUGAGUUUUUCGACGUCCCCUUAAAAUUUGCACCUGCACCAAGUGCUUGACUGGCCUCACCCUGCCCCCACUCCACAAAUCUUGCCCCUGCUAGCUGUGUGACUUUGAGCGAGUUGCUUACCCUCUCAGAGCCUCAGUUUCCUCCUCUGUAAAAUGGGCAUAAUCCCUGUACCUACUCACAGCUGUUAGGGGGCUACACUGAGGUAAUGACGCACAUUACAGACCCAGCCCACAGUAGACUUAAGUCAAAGCGUUUUCCCUCCUGGGAGGCCAGAUGUUGGGGCUGGCAGUGGGGGGUCCUCAAAUGGAUGUGUCCUAGCCUUGCCCUUGAGGAGAGUUAACCCGACAGCCUAGAACUCUCUGCUGCUUCUGUUCCCAAGGCUGUUUUUGUUCUCUUGCCUCAGCCUGGCCCCCUACGAGGUUGCUGGGGGAGGGACCCGAUGCUGGUCAUCCGAAGACCUCCCCGGCUCCCAGCACCUUCCAUCCCAGCUGUCCUGGGCCCCCCACCGCUGCCUCCCCCGCCCUCCGCUCUGCCCACUCCCAUGGAAGGCCACGGCUCCCCGUCCCUCUGCGCUGCCAUGAGGCCUGCACUUUGCAGGGUGAAGUCCAAAGUUCAGUCCCUUCGCUAAGCACAUGGAUAAAUAUGAACCUUGGAGAAUUUCCCCAGCUCCAAUGUAAACAGAGCGGGCAGGGGCCCUGAUUCACUGGCCACUGGGGCCAGGGUUGGGGGUUGGGGGUGCCCACAGGGCUUGGCUAGUGGGGUUUGGGGGGGCAGCGGGCGCAAGGAGCCUGGUUUGGGCCUGCCUGCUGGCCGGCCAGCACGGAGCCAGCCCACGCGGGGGCGAGGCGGCCGGCUCAGUGGCCCUGGGCCGCGUGGCCCGCGCUAGUGGAGCCAUGGUUUCUAAGCUGAGCCAGCUGCAGACGGAGCUCCUGGCGGCCUUGCUCGAGUCGGGCCUGAGCAAAGAGGCGCUGAUCCAGGCGUUGGGUGAGCCGGGGCCCUACCUGCUGGCCGGAGACGGCCCCCCGGACAAGGGGGAGUCCUGCGGUGGCGGCGGUCGAGGGGAGCUAGCCGAGUUGCCCAAUGGGCUGGGGGAGACGAGGGGCUCCGAGGACGAGACGGACGACGAGGGGGAAGACUUCACACCACCCAUUCUCAGAGAGCUGGAGAACCUCAGCCCCGAGGAGGCAGCCCACCAGAAAGCCGUGGUGGAGACCCUGCUGCAAGAGGACCCAUGGCGUGUGGCUAAGAUGGUCAAGUCCUACCUGCAGCAGCACAACAUCCCGCAGCGGGAGGUAGUCGACACCACUGGCCUCAACCAAUCCCACCUGUCCCAGCACCUCAACAAGGGCACCCCCAUGAAGACGCAGAAGCGAGCCGCCCUGUACACCUGGUACGUCCGCAAGCAGCGAGAGGUGGCCCAGCAGUUCACCCACGCAGGGCAGGGUGGGCUGAUUGAAGAGCCCACGGGCGAUGAGCUACCAACCAAGAAGGGUCGGAGAAACCGUUUCAAAUGGGGCCCAGCAUCCCAGCAGAUCCUCUUCCAGGCCUACGAGAGGCAGAAGAACCCCAGCAAGGAGGAGCGGGAGGCGCUGGUGGAGGAGUGUAACAGGGCGGAGUGCAUCCAGAGGGGGGUGUCACCAUCACAGGCGCAGGGGCUGGGCUCCAACCUCGUCACAGAGGUGCGCGUCUACAACUGGUUUGCCAAUCGGCGCAAGGAAGAAGCCUUUCGGCACAAGCUGGCCAUGGACACGUACAGCGGGCCGCCACCAGGGCCAGGCCCAGGCCCUGCGCUGCCUGCCCACGGCUCCCCUGGCCUGCCCCCGCCGGCCCUCUCCCCCGGUAAGGUCCGCGGAGUGCGCUAUGGACAGCCUGCAACCAGUGAGGGAGCAGAAGUGCCCUCAAGCAGUGGUGGUCCCUUGGUGACAGUGUCUGCACCCCUGCAUCAAGUGUCCCCCACGGGCCUGGAGCCCAGUCACAGUCUGCUGAGCACAGAAGCCAAAUUGGUCUCGGCCACUGGGGGCCCCCUGCCCCCUGUCAGCACCCUGACAGCACUGCACAGCUUGGAGCAGACAUCCCCGGGCCUCAACCAGCAGCCCCAGAACCUCAUCAUGGCCUCGCUUCCCGGGGUCAUGGCCAUAGGGCCCGGUGAGCCUGCCUCCCUGGGCCCCACGUUCACCAACACGGGCGCCUCCACCCUGGUCAUUGGCCUGGCCUCCACGCAGGCACAGAGCGUGCCGGUCAUCAACAGCAUGGGCAGCAGCCUGACCACCCUGCAGCCCGUCCAGUUCUCGCAGCCUCUGCACCCUUCCUACCAGCAGCCGCUCAUGCCCUCCGUGCAGAGCCACGUGGCCCAGAGCCCCUUCAUGGCCACCAUGGCCCAGCUGCAGAGCCCCCAUGCCCUCUACAGCCACAAGCCCGAGGUGGCCCAGUACACCCACACGGGCCUGCUUCCGCAGACCAUGCUCAUCACCGACACCACCAACCUGAGCGCCCUGGCCAGCCUCACGCCCACCAAGCAGGUCUUCACCUCAGACGCUGAGGCCUCCGGUGAGUCCGGGCUUCACACACCAGCGUCCCAGGCCGCCACCAUCCACAUCCCCAGCCAGGACCCUGCUGGCAUCCAGCACCUGCAGCCCACCCAUCGGCUCAGCGCCAGCCCCACCGUGUCCUCCAGCAGCCUGGUGUUGUAUCAGAGCUCCGACUCCACCAACGGCCAUGGCCACCUGCUGCCAUCCAACCACAGCGUCAUUGAGACCUUCAUCUCCACGCAGAUGGCCUCUUCCUCCCAGUAACCAUGGACACAGCCUCCCAGGGGAUGGGCCCUGGAGCCUACACAGCCUGCUGGAGGGGUGACCAAGACAUCUGAGCCUGCAAAACUUUCACUGCCCCCAGGCUGCUGCUCUUCCCUGGAAAACUG